ACUUCAUCAGACUCUGAAAUUACUCAGCCUUUCUUUGAGGAUCGUUUUUAUUACAGUACUGUCUACAGGAGUGCGUAUUAAAGUUCGCUGUUCAAUAUGUCUUCUUGCUGUGGUUCAGUCGGUCUACUGGUUCUACUGGGAGUUGCUUUGGCGUUUGGGAGACCUGCCGAUCACGUCCCUGAGGAGCUGAAACAACCCCACACGUUAAUCGCAAAUGUGCUGAAGUUGAUGGAGCCGGAGAUUGGCAGGGCUCCUCUCUUCAGUCAUGUCACCAGGAGCAUCAACACCUCUUGCCAGAGAAAAGUAGAUAUACAGGUGAUGAAUGUCACUCUGGACAUCUACACGCGCAUCUUCUCCAGCAUCCUGAAGCACAGCCACAAUGAGCACGACGGGAAGCCGGUUCUGCUGGCCAGUGUGCCUGUUACUGAAAAGCAGGAGCUGCAAAAGGCUCUGAACAAGCUCAAGCACAACAUGGAGCAGCUGAAGAGCGAACUGGGCCACCUGAACCAAAACAAAGAGGAUGUGCUGAGCGAGCUGUACAAAAUAGAUGUGGACGAUCCCGAGGUUCAGAAAAAGGCUCUGGCUGAGUACAAAGAGAUCUACCAGGAAGCAGCUGUGAUCUCCCACAGAUGUAAACCCGCCCACUCUUCUUCUGCUGAAUGAUGACAAAACAUUGCGAUUAUCAAUAGCUAUGCAAAAAAAAAGGAAAAAAAAAGAAAGAGGUGCUGGAAAUUGCUCUUCCUCUCAUUUGCAUAAUCUAAUAAUGUUGUAUCUUGAUUUAAAACCGUAGAUUUUGUUUUUCAUAUUUUGUGUUUUUAUUUAUAACUUAAGUUGUUAGAGGUUCCUACAACAACACCUUCCAUGUUCAAUCACACUUUUACAGUUCAGCAUAUUUAUUUUGUUAAUUUAAGUCAUUUCUCAUUUUCAGUCACUUAACUUAAGUAUUUUUGCCAUAAUUAAUGUAUUUUAUUUAUGAUUAAUUUAACAUAAGUUAUUUUUAUUGAUGUCAUUGCUUGUUUGUAUGAAAGUAAAAAUCAGCACCAAAUAAAAGCUUAAUUUUC